AUGGAAACUGAGCAACCAGAGGAAACCUUCCCCAACACUGAAACCAAUGAUGAAUUUGGUAAACAUCCUUCAGAAGAUAUGGAAGAGGAGCAAGCAUUUAAAAGAUCUAGAAACAUUGAUGAGACGGUUGAAUUACGAAUUCUGCUUCAGAGCAAGAGUGCUGGGACAGUGAUUGGAAAAGGAGUCAAGAAUAUUAAGACCCUCCAUACAGACUACAAUGCCAGUGUUUCAGUCCCAGACAGUGGUGGUCCCGAGCACAUAUUGAUUAUCAGUGCUGAUAUUGAAGCAAUUGGAGAAAUUCUGAAGAAAAUCAUCCCUACCUUGGAAGAGUACCAACACUAUAAAGAAAGUGACUUUGGCUGUGAGUUGAGACUGUUAAUUCAUCAAAGUCUGGCAGGAGGAAUUACUGGGGUCAAAGGUGUUAAAAUCAAAGAACUUCAAGAGAACACUCAGACAUCAACCAAGCUUUUCCAAGAAUGCUGUCCUCAUUCCAAUGACAGAGUUGUUAUUACUGGAGGAAAGCCUGACAGGGUUGUAGCGUGUAUAAAGAUCAUCCUUGAUCUUAUAUCUGAGUCUCCUAUCAAAGGAUGUGCACAGCCUUAUGAUUCCAAUUUUUAUGAUGAAACUUAUGACUAUGGUGGUUUUACCAUGACGUUUGAUGACUGCUGUGGAUGGCCUGUAGGAUUUCCUGUGUGGGGAAAAGGUGGUUUUGGCAGAAUGCCUCCUGGUCAAGGUGGGCAUCCCAUGCCUCCCUCUAGAGGAGAUUAUGAUGACAUGAGCCCUCGCUGGGAACCACCACUUCCUCCUCCUGAUCGAGGUGGCAGGAGUGGUAGCAAAACUGGGAGUCUUCCUCUUCCACCAUCACCACCACCUACAAGAGGAGAUCUAAUGGCCUAUGAUAGAAGAGGAAGACCUGGAGACCACUAUAAUGGCAUGGCAGGUUUUAGUGCUGAUGAAACUUGGGACUCUGCGAGGUGGAGCCCAUCAGAAUGGCAGAUAUCAUAUGAACCACAGGGUGGCUCUGGAUAUGAUUAUUCCUAUGCAUGGGGUCAUGGCUCAUAUGGUGAUAUUGGUGAACCUAUUAUUACUACACAAGUAAGUAUUUCCAAAGAUUUGGCUGGAUCUAUUAUUGGCAGAGGUGGUCAGCAGAUUAAACAAAUCCAUCAUGAAUCAGGAGCUUCUAUCAAAAUUGAUGAGCCCUUAGAAGGAUCCGAUGAUCAGAUAAUUGUCAUUACAGGAACAGAGAGCCAGGUACAGAAUGAACAGUAUUUGCUGCAGAGCAGUGUGAAGCAUGUGAAGCAGUAUUCUGGAAAGUUUUUCUAA